AUGAGCGAUACCGAACCACUCCCGCCGUCAUCAGAACUGGGAUCAGUGUUGGCACAGAAUGAGAACAAUGCGGAUAAUCACUGGCGUGCUAUGUUUGAGCAACAAAAUGCGAACAUGCGUGCACUAAUCGAAGCUUUACAAACACCCAAGCCUAUUCGGGUAGAACUACCCACGUUUGAUCCGGCUAAAGAAGACACGGACGCGAGAUCGUGGUGCGCAACGGCAGAAUUAUGUUUUUCCCACAACCCUCCAAGCGGCAGUCAACUCGUGCUUGCUGUGAGUAAGGCGCUAAAAGGUGAAGCAUCCACGUGGCUGUCCCAGAUAGCAUACGAGAACAUGGCAUGGUGCGAAUUCAAGAUUCUUUUUACGUCGAGAUUUAUUUCGACGGAGACUUUGGCAGGUACCCUCAUUAAAUUUAAUAAUGACAAACCCAAAGAAAAAGAAACGUUACCCGCUUAUGCAAGCCGUUUGAUAGCAUCUUUAACAAAUCGCUGGAAGGAUGUGAAGAAAGAAGAGAUAGCUGUGGCUACUGUGCUCGCUCACAUAUCACAGUUUGACCCACGAAUGCAACGUAUGGCGUUUACGACUAACAUUGCGUCAAGAGAGAAAUUACAACAAGAAUUAAACGCGUUCGCCCACUUGAAACGCAAAAUAAAUAGUGCCGAUGAUUCACCAAAUUCGGAUGAACCUAAACGCCUGAAGACUACGCCACUGAAGUGUUACAACUGUGGAAAAGCGGGCCAUAUGCGAGCGGAAUGCAGAGGAAAACCCAUCGACUCGAAGGGACGAGCAUCACCACCUACAACAUCGAGUCAAGCGACGCAGCAACCAGCAGCGAGGCAGUUUGUGUGCUUCAAAUGCGGCAAGCCGGGCCAUAUCGCUGCCCGAUGCACAAGCGGCGGCGCAACGAGUGACGGCAGCAGCAGCGGCGGCGCCGGCGCAGCGCGCAGCGAGCGGCGCGUGGAAGUGUGCAGCGUUCAACCUCCGCAGGGUGUAUUACACCAUAAAGGUGAAUUGAUUAAUUUUACUUACGAUUCUGGCGCUGAAUGUUCGUUAGUUAAAGAAAGUUUUGCUGUUAAAUUCAGCGCCUACUGUGCCUUCUGUACUACACGUGUGUCGGAUCCAUGGAAUAAACUUGGUGAUACAAUAUUCUGGGCGGCAUGUUUCGGUGCGGCCUGUGCUGUGAUGUUCGUUCUUUUGUCUGCUCAAUAUACAAGACUUGUGGAAGCACCUACAGUAAAUAGUGUGGAGAAAGAUUACUUGAAUUGGAAUGUGUCGUACCCAACGAUUGUAUUGUGUCCCAUGAGCAAAAUCGAUGACGAAAUCUUUGCUGAUUAUGUUAAUGAAACUUUCAACAACACUGGUUACAACCUAGAAUCAUUCUAUUCCGCCAUUAUAUCCGUGUCUUUGGACGCAUUGAAUGUAUUGGAUUUGUUACCACCGCCCGAAAUAUUAAAGCUCAUAAAACCUGAAGACUACGCGAAAAUCGCCGCAGACUUGUUCAUGAAAUUUAAAAACCAAACGUUAACGACUAUGCCGAAGUGGCCCAUUACGAUAGACACUGCUAUGACAGAGAUGGGGAUGUGUCAUAUAAUAAAUUCGAACGUUGCCAUACUUGAUGAUCCCACCAAAUGGAGUGACAGGAGUGUGGCAUACGCCAAAAACAACAUUGAGCUCUCUGUACACGACAUGGACUUUUUUGUUCAGAUACUUAACUACGCCAAUGUUUACAAGGUUUAUACUCUAAGUCCCGACGAAGUAAUCCUGAGUGGAACGCCAGCGUUAACAUUCGAGAGCGAAGGGUUCUUGUCUUUUGGAGUGCAAAUUACGAGCACUAGAGCAUCCGAGGAUCUUAAGUACAUUCCUUUGCAACUUCGGAAAUGCAGAUUUAUGCACGAAACGACUACUAAGCGAUACCCAAUUUACUCGUACAACCGAUGUUUGAUGGACUGUAGAAUUAAAAUGAUAUUCAAACUAUGCAACUGCAUACCACACUUUUACAAACCGUUGGAACACGAAACCAUUUGUAACUUAGCAGAACUGGAAUGUGUUCUCGAAUACAAGAAGGAAAUCAUGAAACUGUCCAUCGACAAUGAAACUAUGGAAAAAUUCGACAACACUGACGAUUUGCCAAGAUCUUUUCGCGACUGUGGUUGCUUAGGUAACUGUGAAGAAGACGUGUUUAAGAACGAUCAUGAGCAAUUUGUACCUACUGUAGGUCUCAAUCGAAUGCGCCUUAGCGUGUCUGCUUUUCCAAAAGUGCGUGUCAGGAGGGAAAUUAUAUUCAGCUUCUAUGACCUCUUUUUGCGUAGUGGUGGUGUCGUCAAUCUAUGUAUUGGAACCUCAGUAAUCUCAAUAAUGGAACUUAUACUUACUGCAGUAAGGAUCCCUAUUUACGAGAUAAUGCAAAUUGGAAAAGGAAUAUGGCGGCGAUAUAAGAAGUCAAAAAUAACCAGGUUCUCCAAUAAGAAAAAGCAGAUUUAGGAAAAAAAAUUUAAUCAAUUCCGUUUUACCAGGUUGUUUUUACAAAAUAUUUUUAUUUAUAAGUUAAGUAUUUUACAAUAUACUAUUCUUAGCAAAAAGCUAUCACAAGUCCCCAAAGUUUA